AACACCUAUUUACUUUCGUUUUAUAAGAAACUGGAGAAGUGGUCGGUCACCUGCUGCCCCUUUCUGUACGUCUGUCCCUACAUUGUGACAUGUGCCAUGUAAAUGGCUGACCCCAAGUCCUGUGAUGUGCCCCCCACUUCCCUGCUGCAGCCGGAGGAGAGAAACUACUCCCAGGUGAUCUUCAGCAGGAUGGAGAAGUCCUUUGAGCCUGGCACGGAUAUCGUCUGUUACUUCACCUUCACUGCAGAGUUUCAGCCUGCGAGGAAGGACUGGGUGGGCAUCUUUAAGGUGUCCUGGAAGACAACUAGAGAGUAUUAUACCUGGAUCUCCGCUGAGUGUGAUGAGCAGGGGCUGGAGAAGCAUGUGACCUUCAAAGCUUAUUACUUGCCCAAGGAUAAUGAUGACUAUUACCAGUUUUGUUACGUGGAUCAUAAGGGUGAGGUGCGAGGGGUCAGCAUCCCCUUCCAGUUCUGCCCCAAAGUCCAGGAGGAAGAUGAGGAGAACAUUCUGCUGGUGACCACAGAGGAGGAGGCACAAAGGAUGAAGGAAAAGCUAAGUGAGCUAGAGGAGACCAGUAUCCAACUGCAGGAAAAGCUUGAGGCUGCGGAGAAGAAGAAUUGCGUCCUGCAGCAGGAGGGCACACGGGUGGCUUCCCAACAGAAGAACCUGAUUGAGUCCCUGCAGGCCCAGCACUUGGGAUGGUCCAACAAAACCGACGGGCUGAAGCAACAAAAUCAGGAGGCGCGCAGACAGCUGGAGGAGGAAAGAUGCAGGAACAGGUCUCUGCAACUGAAGUUGGCGUCUGAGGAAGAGGAGCAAGUGAGACUGAAGGACGAGACUAGAUCUCUGCAGCUGGAGCAAAACCAGAUAAAGGAGGAGAACAUGAACCUUCACCAACGUAUAAAAGAUAUGGAGUCGGCACUGAAGGAAUCCUCCGAGGAAGCGAAAAAUCAUGCAGAGGAGGUGCAGGUGCUAAAGGGAGAGCUAAGGGAUGCAAAGGAAGGACAUCAGCUGCUGCAGGAGCAGCUACAAGACACCCAGUUGGAGAAGAAGAAGGAUCAGGAUUCAAUAGACUUGCUGACUAAAGAGGUGACUGAUCUUGGGCAGAUCCUGGAGAGAAAGGAGAAGGCGCUGGAAACCGCAGGAAAGCAGUUCACUCGGCUGCAGAGAGAGCAGGCAACUCUGCUGCAGGAAAUGCAGGAUUUAAACUGCACCGUGGAACUGCGAGAGGAUGAAAUCAGCGACAUGCAAAAACAGCGCCUGAGAGACGGAGAAGAGAUUGAGAAGCUGAGUCGGUUGCUCUACCAGAAAUCGACAUCCACCCCCGGGGGCCAAGGCCUGUAUUUCCCAAACCCUUAUGAAGGAGAAAGUCUUGUUUCUUUGGGGAAUGAGCCCCAGAGCAGAGAAGCCCCUGGAGGCAGCAGUGGGGUGCGGCAAGAACAAAUGAAGUGCCCGGAGUGCGGCUGGGAGUUUCAGGAUUCCCAGGUGUAUCUGGAUCAUGUGAUGUGCCAUGGCCUGGACUCAAUGGAGUAGCGUUAGUCUCCCCUCUAUGGACACGGUUAGAAUUGGGACUGAGCAGAGAGCUGAGGCUUUUUACCCACUUACCUUUUCUUGUCCCGUUCCUUUGUGAUUAAUACAGACACACAGUGUUAUACAA